AUGGUAAACCCAGGGGGAAGUGCACAGCCGCCACCGGUAGGCGCAGGGUCGUUGUCGUGGAAGCGCUGUGCAGGCUGCGGGGGAAAGAUUGCUGAUCGUUUCCUCCUUUAUGCCAUGGACAGCUACUGGCACAGCCGCUGCCUCAAGUGCUCCUGCUGCCAGGCCCAGCUCGGCGAGAUUGGCACAUCCUGCUACACCAAAAGUGGUAUGAUCCUCUGCAGAAAUGACUAUAUCAGAUUAUUUGGAAACAGUGGGGCGUGUAGCGCAUGUGGACAGUCCAUCCCAGCCAGCGAACUGGUCAUGAGGGCACAGGGCAAUGUGUACCACCUCAAGUGUUUCACAUGUUCCACCUGCCGGAACCGACUCGUGCCCGGAGACAGGUUCCACUACAUCAACGGCAGCCUGUUCUGCGAACACGACAGACCCACGGCUCUCAUCAACGGCCAUUUGAGUUCACUCCAGACAAACCCGCUACUGCCGGACCAGAAGGUCUGUUAGGAGUGAGAACUGCCCUGAGCAGAAUGCGUGCCUUCAUUUCAACCCUAUGUCAUCGUCACCGAACUCUUGGGCCGCUGCCCUAACCCCACCCCCCAGCUCUGCAGUCCUCAAACUGUUUCCUCCCCAGGCCCGUGCCAC